GAACCAAGCGCCGUUCGAGCGAAGAAGACGUGGGUAAAGAGGGAGACCCACCGCCAAGUAAAUAAACGGCGAAUAUCGCCAUUUAUAAAGAAUUUGGCAAAUAUUUCGGGUAACUCGCGAUCGAACCGAAGCAUAGCAUAGCAUCUGUGAGGCUAAUUCUCCAACUAGCCUCGCGGUGAGCGCCAAGAAUUUUAGCUCUUAGCUUCUCUUCACCGACGCAACGCCAGCUGUACAAAUAAGAAGAAAUACGCAAAGAAAAAAGAAACAAACAUGUCGGACGACUGCGAGUUCAGUGAAGACGUCGGCAUCAUGAGGAUGGAAGAGGACGGCGAGGCGUAUUGCGACGACCCCAUGACGGCCGCGGCGGCGGGCGACAGCGGCCUAGAUGGGGGCGAGGCCGAGGGGGCGAGGAUCGACGCCAGUAAAAAUGAGGAGGAUGAAGGGAAGGUGUUUGUCGGGGGCCUCAGCUGGGACACGACCAAGAAGGACCUAAAAGACUACUUCUCCAAGUUUGGGGACGUUAUCGACUGCACUCUGAAACUGGACCCCAUGACUGGCCGCUCCAGGGGAUUCGGCUUUAUACUCUUCAAAGAUGCCGAAAGUGUUGACAAGGUCACUGCGCAAAAGGAGCAUAAACUCAACGGGAAGGUCAUUGACCCCAAAAAAGCUAAGGCCAUGAAGAGCAAGGAGCCAGUCAAGAAGAUCUUUGUGGGCGGCCUCUCUCCAGACACUCCCGAGGAGAAAGUCCGAGAGUACUUCGCCACCUUUGGAGAAGUGGAGGCCGUGGAGUUUCCCGUGGAGAGCAAAACCAACAAAAGGAGAGGCUUCUGCUUCAUAACGUUCAAGGAGGAGGAACCAGUGAAGACCAUCAUGGAGAAGAAGUAUCACAACAUCGGCCUGAGCAAGUGUGAAGUGAAGGUGGCCAUGUCCAAAGAGCAGUACCAACAGCAGCAGUACUGGGGAGGAAGAGGAGGUUACUCGCCUAGGUCUCGAGGGAGGGGAGGCGGUCCCGGCCCCAAUUGGAACCAGGGCUACGGCAACUACUGGAAUCACGGCUACAGCAACUACGGCUACGGCAAUCAAGGCUACGGCGGAUACGGCAGCUACGAUUACUCUGGUUACGGCAACUAUUACGGAUACGGUGGCGACAGUAUGCCCUCACCCGUAGAUGAGCCGGCCGGCUACGGCAAGUCGCCGCGGCGCCCCAUUCACAGCAGCAGUUACAGACCGUACUAAAACGCUCGAGGUCACCUCAAAGAACACAAGCAGCGGAGCUUCCUUGCAGGCCAUGAGCUGACUCCAGAUACUCUCAGGGCCCGCUCAAUGCGGACCGGGUACGAGACGCAUACGCUCUCGCUUGCUGCCGUUUGGUAUGGUCUCACAACAUCCUGUAUAUCAACUACAAAUGAAAACAGCAAAACCAAAAAAAUGGGAUACCAUGUUGCCGUUUUUAUCAACUUUCCUUUGGCCAGCUUUUGAGUUGUUUAUUAAUAUGUACAGUGGUGCCUUGGGAUACCAGUGAGCCAACAUUUGCGCUUCGGCUAACUAGCUCAAUGCUAACAAACGAUGUCAAACGCCGUAGUCGAGCUAACAAGUAGCAUUUCAAAUGUUUUAACCAAAGGGUAUUUAAACACAACGGUGGAGCAACACACGCAGAAAGAUCAUUUAAUCCUCCGAAUUAAACUCGUAUCUGAAGGCACCACUCUAUGUGGUUAAAUUUCCGUAAUUUUUUACAGGCCCCCACCACAAGUAAUGAAUAUUUGUAAUUGAGUAUUUGCUCUCCAAAGGAUACGACAGCAAUGCAGUUGUUAAUCUUUUUGCAGUUCUGGUGCUUUUGUCUUUUGUCCAUGAGCUAACAGCUUCUAUGGACGCCGCCGUUGUGUUGGGCCAUAACUUUCUUGGACAUGUCUUCUCCUCUGUGUUACCGACUUCUUGUAACAUUUCUGUAAAAGUAGAAAUAUCAAAUGUAAAGCGACCAGAAUUUGUCACAUUCACAGACGCUUGCACGCAAUGUUUCCUUUUUUUGUAAUGACCUAUUUUUCUUCUAGUCGUCCUCAAGAUUGCUUUUUCUAUUUAACGUGUGUUAAUGUUAAUUUAUACAUUUUGUUUUGGCACACGGAGAUCCGUUAGGUUGCGCUGUGCCACGAGCGCGGCUGCGUGGCGGCUCUGACGUGUGCGCGUCUUUUCUCAGGUGCGGCGGCGGGGGCGAGAGGACGCGGCGGACGACGGGCAGCGGAGACGCCGCCACGCUAUCGCCGCUGAUUGUAAGCAAAAACAAUUAACUGAAGAGCCCAUAUUUACUCUUUAUUUUCCAGAGUGUUCUUUGGAUAUGACACUAUUUUUGUGUGUGGGAGAGGGGGCGGGGGUUGUUGUGAAUGGCUUUAUUUUUAGUUACACUUAUUUACAGUUGUAGAUGCACAUUUAUCACAAUGUGUUCAUUAGACUAUACAACAUUCGUAUAUACACCGACAUAAUGUAUUCAAUGUAAGCGUGGUAAAAACAUUAAAACACUUGUUUGGA